ACACAUACAUGAAUAUUUAUUCGCGAAUGCGAUGCUCUAUAAAUUCCUAAAAAAUCAUCACUGAGUGCAUGUUGUUAGAACCAGUAGGGAGGUUCGGCGGGAUGUUUUUAGAUGACCGGGUAGGGAGGAUCGAUGGAAGAUGUGCGUGGCCGCUUCAACAAGUCGCUUAUGGGGAUGGCGUUGUGCGGCAUAUUCAACUGGCUGGCAGACGAGCCUGAUCUGGAUCUAGUGGAAUGGUCCACCGGACUGGCCAAAAGAGUCUCUGCUGUGCGUGGCUCCGACGCCACGCGUCUCUCGGCUGCCCUCUCCAACUGCUCGAGCAUCUCGAGCUUUUCAAGCUUCUCGCUAAUGGACCGCAGCUCUCGGUCCAUCAUCUGGGGUCCCAUGCGAGGAGAUACGUUUGCUGAAAACACUGGCGACACUUCGCCCAGCCGGUGACUGUGGUUACUGAGAUUGCGGUGGUGCUCAGGGUGUGGGCCCCUGGAUUUAGGGGCAUUUAUGGCCGGAGUAUUUAUGGCGUUGCCAAUCCACACAAACCGCAAAAACCGGUUGGUCAACUUGUACUGCCGGUACACCGUCUGGUUGUCGAUGGAAGAACGGCGUCUUCAAGUGACCGCCGUGGUACGAGCUGGCAAGUUCCAUGUGGAACUGGUGGAUGGAUGCAAUAAUCGAGUGUACAAGGCCAUUAAAACUCGAAACCUGGCUCAAACCCGCCAAAACAUGGUUGGUGAGAACCGAAUUCAUAAGGGCCACCAGAACCGCCGGGUCGACGAAGCGCACCUCAAACACGUCGAUGUUGGCGGUGUUGGUGGUGUUAUCCAAGAUCCGAGUAAAGGCAUUGCUGACGUAGUAGUAGCUCAACACCAAGCAGCCUCUGCCGUAAAACAACCACACCUUAAACAAGAAUGCCACCACGCUGGCUGCCUGGAACGCCGAUGCGUCGACCGUGCGAACCAAAAGUGUGUUUUCGGCGUUGGAUAUCAAAAUGUAGUAGAUCCAGUAGUUCAACAAGAACCGGGCGUGCUGGACGUUCUUGGAGUCGGGUCUGGCGCCGAGGUGGUUCAAGGCCUUGAUCGAUAGAAGCAUCGGGUACACGAAGCACACGGCCAGUGACGCUGCCCAAAGAAUAUGUGAUAUCAUUUGUACUCACCACAAUCGCAAAUAAAGGCUGCAAUUAUACUGGGACAAGCGUAGAAAGAAGGCCACUUAGAUACAAUAGCGGGUAGGGUAGGAAUAGAGCCACUUAGAUACAAUGGCAGGUGGGAUGGAGGAAUGUGUGUUGAUUCUCGAACGGGUAAACUCUGUUUCUAGAAGUAUUUGGCUUGUUUGACAGGAAUAUGUAAAUGCAGCGCCAGUAAAUGAGAUUGAGAAGUUGGAAUUUGUGUACAGGCACCUAAACUGGAGAGCAAUACCUAGACACUUGCUUUAUAAGUUGCUUUAACUUGCUUUAACUUGCUCUAUAACAACUUGCUUUAUAAGACAAAUGGGUAGGGAACAUAAGACGGGCGAGGAAGAUGAGGGUGACGGUGUCCGAUAACAGGCGUUUACCGAUGUGGAUUCCGCGAGAUUUCCUGACCGAUCAUUAAUGUGUCACUCAUACGGCAUACGAGCUGAGACGUCACGGCCAGGGGUGGUAAAGGCGGCUAUGUGAACUCUGAUCGGUGAGGGCGGUCAGGGUGAAUCCGCCAACAAUCGGCCAACAAUCGGCCAACAAUAUGUGAGAAGGCCUUUGCAUGACACGGCCAUUGUGUAGUAUUGUCAACCGACUGCGUAAAAUGAUCUCGCUUGUGUAGCGCGCUAUAUACAAUAGGUUCACGAUGGUGUUCAUUUGGGGCUGCGAGUUAUCGGAUUUAUAUAUUAAAUAAUUAUGGAUUAGAUAUUAAAUUGCAGUGCAUAAAAUAU